UUAUCAAUUACUUGACCCCUCAAGUCAGUCGUUACUUCGAUGUCAAUCAAACAUGUUGUUUCUUUGGGUGUUACUGACUAUACAUACGGUACCUUCACGCGCUAUCUUAGCAAUUUUUAAUGUUCACGCGCGGGUUGGUUUUGGAAGGUCUUAUCUAGGAAAUUCACGGAUGUGUCAUAGUUGGAGAUGUAUAAACGAAAAGUUGAACCUCACAGACGAAUUACCACCAAAAGAUAUAUAUUCGGCCAAAAUAAACAGUCUGUUUACAUCUGAAUGGCGGGAGGUUGCUGAAAGCGCCGUAGACUCCUGUUAUGGUAAUAUAACGAAGACAUAUACGAAUACAUGCCCGGGUCAGGCGUUGAUGCACUGCGUUGUAGAUCAUUUGGUUAAGAACUGUCCUGCAAAUAUGAGUAGUAAGGACGACAGAUGUGCUCCAGUUUCCUCUCUCGCAGCUACUAACUAUAUGUUUUCGCAAAGUCGCUACAACAACCUCGAGAUUAGCAUACCUACAGAGCGUCGGCCGUCGAAUUUCCUUCGAAAUUAUUUCAACAUAAAAUGCUGUGACUUACCGGAUAUUCUCAUUGAGAAUAAUCUCGAUGAAUGUGGUUUCAAGAAAUUUAUGGCCUACCACCUUCAUGACAAGCAAACUGAUCGGCAAUUUAAAUUACCUCACAAGGUUGAAAUUCCUACUACGGCGAAAUCUAUGAUGGAAGUUGAUGGUUUACAAGAAUCACAUCAGGACCUAGAGGAGGAAUGGGAUCCUUUAGAGUGCUGUGAUGUCAACGAUUUUAUAAAAGAUUCGUGGCGUAACGAGUGCCACCUUGAAAUGUCCUGGAAUGAAACAAAUAGACUUGGAUUCAUCGACAUCAGCUCUCACCUUCCACCCACGACCACAGAAAAGGGAGAACUUCAACGGAGUGACGUAAAAGUUGUUCCUUUAUCUUGCGAAAAAGAAACAUGUAUAUUCAAGAAAUUGAACAUUUUAUUGGAUUCUGGAGAAAUAGAUUUGCUUGCUUUCACCAAACUUUUGGAUAGUAUGACAUUAAAUUACCCCUCUUGGGAGAAAGCUAAAGCAAGGGUGACAACACAGUGCUUCACCAAAAUCCACAGAAUAUAUGAAGCUGAAUGUCGAAUCAAUGAGAUACUGUCAUGCGUUAUGGAUGUGCUCUCUGAGAACUGUCCAAAUGUCAAUAAGGACCAUCCGUGCAAAAAUAAAGACACAAUCAACAAAGAUGUUAUCUGCCAGAUAAGUUCUGGAAAAUAUUCGCCGAAACUACGUCGUCAAUUUUGUCCUAUUCCCAACUUUGUGCCAAAUGACGUGUUGUCAGAAUGCGGUGUGACGUCACUGUCCACGAUGCAAUACGUACCUCAUUAUGAAAGAAAAAUGUCGCGAUGGGAGAGUAGAUUUAAUUGUAAGGAAUUAACGCCACCAACAAGCUGCGUUUUAAAGAAAAUGGGAGUUUUGAAUCAAUACGGAUUCAUCGAUUACUUUAAAAUGAAGAAUUGGUUACACAAAACCAGCUCAUCGCCCUUCUACGAGGUGUUUUUCAGCAUGUUUCUGGUCACACCCAUGUAUCAAGAAUAUUGUAGUUCACCUAAAAAACUGCUAAAUAUUCUAGAUAUUAUGGUUACGACAUGUCCAGAAUCGAAGCGGAAACAAAAUACGAAAUGCAACAAAAUAUUUAAUGAAAUAAAAAACACACCAAAUGUAUCUCGGGAUAGACUUGAUCAACUUUUUAAAGUCUUGUACAACACGACCGAAGAAUUAAAACCUUCGCAUUUGAGUUCCGAAACACAUAGCAAAAAAAAGUUUGACUUUGGCAUUUUAGGAUCCGAUGCGCCUCCUGUCAAAACAAUAGAUGUCAAACCGAAGCCAAAGACACUAGUGGUUCUACCCGUAUACCAACGUAUGAAUUCUUCCCAUUCUUAAAUCGUAAUAUUUAGAUUUUUGUAUUAAGAUAAAUAAGUCAUUCUAAAUUAAAAAGUGAAAGAUUAAAUCGAGUUAUUUUUGUAGGUUAAUUUAAAAUAAUUAUUAAUUAUGUAGGUAUUUCUUCCUAAUAAACAAGCGAAAAUUAAUGUUUUCCUCCCAUCAAGUUUAUUAUUAUCUCGUCAUACGUGCCAUUUGAGACAUGGCAGUUUUUGCCGAAUUGUCAGAAAUUACAUCUGUCAAAUAACCAUUGGAGAUUUACUUCAGUAAAACUUCACUGUAAAGUUGAGUUCUUGCUUGAUUUAUAUAAACCUAAGUACUUUUUCUGUCAAUCGUGUGUAUUUUGAUUACACUGCGAUAAAGAGAUGAUGGCCACAUUCUGUUUAAAUAAGGGUACAUAGUAACCAUGCAAGAGAAAUUCAUCCAAAUAACAACUAACUUUCAGCUCUGUUUAACUUGUCUUUGAAUAUUUGCCAACUGAAUAAACUUUGGAUAAAAAUUAGUAUAGGGUCAUUAAAUAAAAACAAAUUUGAAAGCAGUUUAUGUAUAUUUCUGUCGACAGAAACUAUUGUACUAAUGUUUAUUCUACAUUUGCAUUGUAUCAAGAAUUCAGUCUUGUAAUCCAAUAUGAAUAAAAUUUAGUAAAUGCA